AACACGAGCCCGUGCAACUAGCACAUUUCACUUUACUUGCUACUACUGGCUGCCCGAGAUGGGCGACUCUUUCAUAUUUGGGCCAUGGGCUCUCUUUGCCACCUUGGCCCUUGCCAACCUCGUACAGAGGGUUGCAGGCGUGGAUGGGACAGCUUGCAAAGAGCAUGCGAAGGCAGGCAGUUUGCUCCAAGCAAAACGCAGCAUGGCGAUGAUCGAUGGCGAAGACUUUGUGCCGGAGGUAGCUGGCAUUGAAGACAACUUCGACCAAGUCCCUGGCUUUAGUCCGAGGAUCACGGCCUUGCUGGCUCAGCUCCAGAAUGACACCUCAGGUGAUCUCAAUCCGGCUUGCAAGCGCAUGACCCGUGCGGCAGCAAAGCCAAAGGUUGGGACACGGAUUGGUUCCAGAGACUCCUUGUUGAAAAUGAGGUCGCAAAAAGUCCAGUCCAAUGCAAGUGCUUCAGCCGCCACUUGCCCAACGGGCCAAUACAAAGUGAUGGACUUUGGUGCAUCGGGCGCGACCAGCACAUGCUGCCCGGCUUCAAGCCGAUCUUGUGCGGGCUGCGCUUCCUUUUCGGGGACUUCUUGCCAGAAAUGUCAAGAUGGAUUUGUGAUCCGCGAUGGGGCAUGCAUGGCCUGUAGCAGUUCAAGCGGUUGGCUUAGCCUGACAGGCAGGUCUUGUUUCCAAUUGGCUCAAAGCGAGUGCAAUGAUGAGAAGGUAAGGGGCCAGAGCAGCAACGAGGCUUGCUGUCAGUGUGGUGGAGGAGCAGUCACACCCACACCUUUUUCUUAUCCCAACGUUCGAUGGGCCUUGGAUUCAGACAUCAGCAUCUUACCUGAACCGCGCACGGCUGACCGCUACACCAUUGAUGUGGCAUGUGAAUUAGCAGCGCAUAACCUCACUAUGGACAGCACAACGGGAACAAUUUCAUAUAUAUCAGGCCGUGCGAAGCCCACCGAAGCCUUUUCGUUUGAGUGUGAAGUCACAGCCCAUCAAACUGCAGCAGUCAGUACCACAGCUAUCGUGGUAGUUGCAGCGGACCAGUUGACUUACAAAUCUGGCACUCUCUUGUUCCACAACGGGGAUGUUGAGCAGCCAGUCCUUACGGGCAGUGGCUGGUCCAAAUUUGCAUUGGGCUGUGCGCCAGAAAUCAGCUGGCUCUCUAUCAACUCGGAAAGUGGACAUUUGACAUAUGCCAGUGACACUUCAUCACAAGGCGGUUUGUCAGUGGCAGAUGACAAGUUCUUCGGGCAAGAUGGCGCAGUGUGUACCGUGACAGCCUGGAAGCAGGGCAAACAGCACAAGACCAGUUUUGCAUCCAUCCGGCCAAGACCAUGGCCAAACUUGGAGUACAGCUUGGGCCACGUCAAAGUAAGCCUGGGCGAAGAGGUGCUGCCUUUGACUGUGAAGAUCCCUAGCGAUCAGGGCUUGAUGAAACCAUGGACCUACCGCAUGGCAUGCAGCGUUAGUGGCGCUUUGCCCAGCACCAAAUUCACCUUCGAUCCGGUUCUCAGCAUGGGUUUCCUUGAUGGCUAUGAAAUCCUGGAAAUUGGCGAGGAUGGGCAAGUCAUUGUGGCGCCGGAAAGCGCCCUGAGUGCUGUCUUUGAUGCUUUGGACGUCUCUGGCUCAACACGCAAGGUCAUUACUUGCAGCUGUCGGAUUUUUGGCAUCUUCCCUGAUCCGAUGAUAGCACCAGUUGAAACAACUAUGGUCAUCGACGUGCAAGACGUCUACUGCUGGUCUCCACAGAUUCUGAAAAAGAGCGUGGCGGUGGUGGAUGCUGGGGCCAGCACCGAAGCAGAGUGCCGUGCGCGCUGCCGAGCAGAUGCCAGCUGCGCUAAUUACCGCUUUGCUGACCAGUGCUACAGGUAUGAUGCACAAAGUGAUGCGGCCCCGUCUCACUUUGAGGGUGUGGACGGUGGCCAGGGACGGUGUUGCCGCGGAGCCACAUCGAGCGACAACUCAGCUGCCUACUACACCCUCACCUCGGUGUCCAGCCUGGAUGAAUGUGAGAGCAACUGCCGGAACGAGCCGAGAUGCGUGGGCAUCGAGUACACCGGUGGCACUCACUGUGAAGUCUGGACUAGACCAGGGGGGAUCAUGGCCUCCAUUCCGGCUUCGGCUUGCAGCUGUUAUCGCUAUGGCCCAACUGUGACAGUGACAGCGAAAGUGACAAACUGCACCAACGAGGGCACUUGCUUGAAGGUGACCAACUCCAAGGGGUGGCUCAGUGGAACCUACUGCCCGCUGGGUCGGGAUUCUUCAAAAAACCGCAUGGUCUACAUGCGAGAGCACGUGACUGCGCAGGACGUGUUGUACAUGCACCACUCUUCUACCUGGAAGGAGGGUUGCCCCUACAACAAGUUUAUCUUGCGGUCCACUUCAGCACAAGACUUUGUGGAUACGGCUACGGGUGUCUUUGAGCUUCGUGGCACGGUUGAAGGCUGUGUCGACACGCCUGACCUUGCGGUGCGAGGCUGUUCCACUAAAGCUUUGGCAUGGAUGGAGGAGGAGGAGACCGAAGAGGAAGGUCUACCUUCUUUGGUGCUUGACGACCCAAGCACUGCGGCAGCUGCAGAUUUUUGGCUUCAUCCUUGUGACUGUGCCCCUCCGGCUUGGGGAACCGGCUUGCCAGUGAACCCAGACAGCUUUGAGCAUGUGCCGGUGGACAGCAACAACAACUUCAUUCCAGCGCCCUUCACGAUCGUCACCGGGCAGUUGGUAUGCCCAUCGCGGCAGCUGUUGCCAGGUGGUGUGGGAGUUCACUUCCAGUCAGAGGAAGAGAUGUUGGAGCCUGCAGACUGUGAGGCUCGCUGCCGCAAUCAGGAUGACUGUCAUUUCUUUUGGCAUGGAUCCCAACACGGUGCCGCAACCUGUCGUUUGUUCAGUGGGUGUGAAAAUUUGGUGAGAGAGUUCAGCCUGGAAGGCUCCCUGCAGGCCAUGCCACGCAGUAGCAGCUGCACCGUGGCGGAUGCUGAGAGAUGUUGGGCCACCUCUCUCCGCAGAAGUUUCCUCACCAAGGCUUUCUCUGCAUAUAGUGGUGGAUCUGCUGCCAGUGGCCCUGUCUUUACGCUACCAGCAAACCCAGGUGACCCCCCUGCACAUGGCAUGGUGGCAUGGUUCAAGAGUGAAAAUGCUGGGUCGGUGUGGCCGAGUUCAGUGGGCAACAUCGAGGGAUAUUCGAUCAAAAACACAGUGCACCGGGUAGUGGCAGCAGGCUAUGGGGCAGACCGGCCCGUGACUUACAUAAAGGGAAACCAUCUGUCGUCCUUCAGGUUUGGGCAAGCAGGAGAGGUGUUGAAGCCGACUUUCACCAUUUGCUCCGUCACACGCUACGCAGGAGGUCAGAGGAAGCGUAUCCUGCAGGCAGACCAGGCAAAUUGGUUGCAUGGGCAUUGGGGAGGUUCAUCUGGAGUGGCCUUCUAUCAGGCUUGGGUAACUCCAUCGGGAAAAAAUAAUGACACUUAUGAUUGGGUGGUGUUGUGUGGCAGCAACGGUGCGUCUACAAAGCUGUAUGAGUUGCAAGGCUCACCAGGAGAAGCAGUAAGCAUCGCGAUUGGAUCUGGGUUAGAGCAACCUUCUGAUUCAACACUCUAUGUGAAUGAAGGCUAUCAGGAAAAUGAACUCUCCGACUUUGCAGUCAUGGAAGUCAUUACAUGGGACCGCGCACUCUCUGAUGAUGAAAUGAAAGCCAGUGUGAACUACUUGAAGUGGAAAUUGCGGGUGGGUUCAGCGCUGGAAGUUUCAGAGCAUUUGGCAACAGAGAUUCAAAAGAAUUUUGAUAGCUUCGCACACCCCCAGUUGGAUGACAUUGCUUCACAAACCUUUGAUGUCCCCUUGGCCAAUGGCUACAGGGCAGACUUGUCGGGCUGGAGCCACACUCGGCCGAGGGCAAGGGGCUUCUUGAAAAGCGGAGCUGGUACUGCCACUGCCGUAGUGAAGGGCUUGACGCCAGCUGCAAAGUAUAUCUACCAGGUGUACAUGGUUCAUGAAGUGUCCACUUGGGAAGGGGAGGCCAAAAUUUCGGUCAACCACGGUCACAAUGCCCAUGUCGAACAGUCUGAUCUGAAUUGGCCCGUCCUACAGGGUGUUGCUGAAGCAACUUCUGCAGGUGAGAUCACCUUUGAGUUUGAGCGCGGGACCACAGAUGUCCACAUCGAUUUGUCCAGCAUUGCCAUUGCGAAGGUGGGACUUGCAUUUGUGCCAAAGCCCGCUGACCCCCCUGCACAUGGCAUGGUGGCAUGGUUCAAGAGUGAAAAUGCUGGGUCGGUGUGGCCGAGUUCAGUGGGCAACAUCGAGGGAUAUUCGAUCAAAAACACAGUGCACCGGGUAGUGGCAGCAGGCUAUGGGGCAGACCGGCCCGUGUUGAAGCCGACUUUCACCAUUUGCUCCGUCACACGCUACGCAGGAGGUCAGAGGAAGCGUAUCCUGCAAGCAGACCAGGCAAAUUGGUUGCAUGGGCAUUGGGGAGGUUCAUCUGGAGUGGCCUUCUAUCAGGCUUGGGUAACUCCAUCGGGAAAAAAUCUUGCCACUUAUGAUUGGGUGGUGUUGUGUGGCAGCAACGGUGCGUCUACAAAGCUGUAUGAGUUGCAAGGCUCACCAGGAGAAGCAGUAAGCAUCGCGAUUGGAUCUGGGUUAGAGCAACCUUCUGAUUCAACACUCUAUGUGAAUGAAGGCUAUCAGGAUAAUGAACUCUCCGACUUUGCAGUCAUGGAAGUCAUUACAUGGGACCGCGCACUCUCUGAUGAUGAAAUGAAAGCCAGUGUGAACUACUUGAAGUGGAAAUUGCGGGUGGGUUCAGCGCUGGAAGUUUCAGAGCAUUUGGCAACAGAGAUUCAAAAGAAUUUUGAUAGCUUCGCACACCCCCAGUUGGAUGACAUUGCUUCACAAACCUUUGAUGUCCCCUUGGCCAAUGGCUACAGGGCAGACUUGUCGGGCUGGAGCCACACUCGGCCGAGGGCAAGGGGCUUCUUGAAAAGCGGAGCUGGUACUGCCACUGCCGUAGUGAAGGGCUUGACGCCAGCUGCAAAGUAUAUCUACCAGGUGUACAUGGUUCAUGAAGUGUCCACUUGGGAAGGGGAGGCCAAAAUUUCGGUCAACCACGGUCACAAUGCCCAUGUCGAACAGUCUGAUCUGAAUUGGCCCGUCCUACAGGGUGUUGCUGAAGCAACUUCUGCAGGUGAGAUCACCUUUGAGUUUGAGCGCGGGACCACAGAUGUCCACAUCGAUUUGUCCAGCAUUGCCAUUGCACAAGUUGCUGGGUCGCUGUCUGCCUUGCAAGAACUUGCAGGGGUUCAGCUGGGUUCAGCUGCGAGUUCCAACAGUGGUUUGGUGGGGUCUGGUUUUCUGCAUUUGCACCUCUACCAGCAGUGUGACUCUGUGCUUUUGCUUGGUGGCAUGGGAGUCCAGCAAUGUGGGCGGCCAGGGCACAGGAAGAUUGAUUCGCAUGAUUGGCAGCACAAGAGGCCUUUACCCAGCGCCUUUGAAUCUGGAGCCGUGUUGACAGCCUCCUGCUGGACGGAACGCUAUCGACUUCUCAAAGGCUCCAGCAUGGUGACAUCUGAAAGGUUGCAGUGUGUCAACGGAGAUUGGCGGAACUCCUUGGGUGAGACUUCCCUGAAAGGAUUGGCCUGUGAGAGCUGCGUGCAGGUCGGAGCUACGGGCUAUGCGGGUUUUGACCAACGCAACGAGCAGGAAUUGUAUUUCUUCAACCGUAUGGCGCUCAGUGUCUACACCGAACUUGGCAUGAUCAAGGAAUUGAGCACGGUGGCACAGCAUCGCUACUGCUUGGGUAAAGCAGAGGGCCACAGCAUGACCGUGAUCGCCAGUACAGGCUGUCCAGCGGUGGUGGUGCCACUGGUCACUGCCAAGUCGAGCCCUGAGACCCGACAAUUCAAGUUGAUCCCCGACGACUUUGCCUUCUCCGAUGCGGAUGAGUGCUUCUCGGCUCGUUUGGGGAUCAAGUGA